UCGCUCUACUAUUACUGGUGAUCUCUUCCGGGUCUGGUUCUCUCUGUUGGCGGCAAUGGUAGAUCUUAUGUAUUAAUUCUCGAAGCUGGUGCUUCUGGGGAUCCAAGUCAGAGUAAAUUGUAUUUUACAAGAUUUAGUACAAAAGUGGGAUUUUGUAGGGUUAGAGUACCAUUUUCAUCAUUCCGCCCUGUGAACCCAGAUGAUCCAGUUUUAGACCCUUUUCUUGUACACACAUUGACAAUACGCUUUGAGCCUAGAAAACAGAGGUCCGUUGAUGCAAAUGCAACUAUGAAACAGGAUUUGAGAAGCUUUAAGCUUAUAUUGGAAUAUAUAAAAGCUUUGCCUACCGGGCAAGAAACCGAUUUUGUCUUAGUUUCAUGUUCAGGACAAGGGAUUGAGCCUUCCAGGCGGGAGCAGGUUCUUAAAGCCAAGCAGGCAGGCGAAGAUUCCUUAAGAAGAUCUGGCCUUGGGUACACAAUAGUUCGUCCAGGUCCAUUGGAGGAAGAACCUGGUGGGCAGCGCACUCUAAUAUUUGAUCAAGGAAAUCGAAUAUCUCAGGGCAUCAGCUGUGCUGAUGUGGCUGAUAUAUGUGUGAAGGCACUACAUGAUUCAACUGCAAGAAACAAAAGCUUUGAUGUAUGUUACGAGUAUGUUGCUGAGGAAGGGAGGGAGCUUUAUGAGCUGGUUGCACACUUGCUUGACAAAGCAAAUAACUACUUGACACCAGCACUUUCUGUGUUAGAGAAGAAUACAUGAUCAUCCCUCGUCGAGACAACAUGCUUCCCAGUUGUGAGAUUUCAUAUAAUCGCUUCCUUCUCAGUGUUGUCAACAAAAAACAGAGGAAUGAGAGGAUGCGGAAAAGAGUAUGAUCUACUCACCAGAAAGCAGAAACUCUGAGAAGGUUUGCUUGCAAGUUGCAACCGUGCUGUAGAGUGUAGUCUCUGAGAAGUGAGAACCAGAGAGAAUUUGAAAGAGAGGAGAGGAGAGUUGAAGCGUUAAUAUAGAGAAUAGUUAUUAGGGAAUUAGGGUAAUUAAUGGGAAUUAGCGUUAAUAGGAGGUGGCCCAUUAUAUUCUGUUUUUAAAACCCUAAAAACUAGCCAGAAAAACGUUUGAAUUCCAUGAAAUCCGAUAUUUCCGUUUCUGGCAUAACGCCGCUAUGGCGUUCACGGCCGCGAUCGCGAUUAUCGCGGUGGCCGCUAUGUAGCGGCAUAACGAUUGCGGUGAAGCAAAUUCCCGCUACGCUAUAGCGGGUAGCGGCCGCUAUAGCCGCUAUUUAACAACACUGUUCCUUCUUUGUUCUACUUCUACUUUGCUGCUUCAAGUGGAAUGUAACUAUUUUACCUGUAUAUAUUCACGUGCAACCCAAAAUCCACGAUUUCAGAAA